AUGGAGGCUGGGGUGAGGAAGGAGACAGAGAGGGCACUUGAGCUGGCUGCCCAGGGGCCACACGCCUUCCUGCUGCUGGUUCCUGUCGGCCAGUUCACUGAGGUGGAGCGCAGAGUGCCCGCUGAGAUGGAGGAGGUGUUUGGGGAGGGGGUGUUGAAACACACCCUGGUGCUGUUCACCUGUGGUGACUACCUGAUGGGCCGGGGGGCGGGACAGUACCUGGAGGGAGAGGACCCUGGGCUCAGGGAGGUGAUUGACAGGUGUGGGGGCCAAUACCAUGUCAUCAACAACCGCCGACCGCAGGACAGGGAGCAGGUCAGGGAGCUGCUGGAGAAGGUGGAGAACAUGGUACAAAAGAACAGAGGAUGCUACAUACGACAAAACACCCUGCAGAGAGAGAUGGAAGAACAAGCGAGGGGGAGAGAGAGGGAACUGAAGGAGAAGGUGGACGAACAAGCGAGGGGGAGAGAGAGGGAACUGAAGGAGAAGGUGGACGAACAAGCGAGGGGGAGAGAGAGGGAACUGAAGGAGAAGGUGGAAGAACAAGCGAGGGGGAGAGAGAGGGAACUGAAGGAGAAGGUGGAAGAACAAGCGAGGGGGAGAGAGAGGGAACUGAAGGAGAAGGUGGAAGAACAAGCGAGGGGGAGAGAGAGGAGGCACGCAGAUAUUGUGGAAGCCAGAAAAGAGAGGUUACAUCUAACUCUGCUAUAG